CAUCCUAUUUUAUCAUUCACAUCAAACAUCAACAACUAGUGAAGUGAUUACUGGAUUCUCCUUAUUUAAAAUGUAAAAAAAACCGAAUACAAGAGAUUUAAGGAUUUUUCUGAUGAAAUGCAGUAAUAGAUCACACUAUCCGAGAGCAAUUAUUAAAUCAAGUUACGAUCUUGACUCAUCUUAACGCACAAGAAAAGACUUGAUUACAAAGAAAAUGGACCCUAUUAAAUUUACACCUGGAGCCCACACCAAAUAUUUUAAAAGAUUUUUGCAAAUGAUGCCACCACAAGCUCAAAAGGGAGAUUCCCAAAGGUUGAUGGUUGCUUUUUUCUCCAUAUCAGGACUGGACAUGAUAAACUCCUUAGAAUCAUGCAACGCACAAUACAGAUUGGAUAUGAUUGAGUGGAUCUACAGUCUUCAAAUACAUCCUUCUGAUGAUGAUGAAAGCUGGAAAAGGUGUGGUUUCAUGGGUUCGAGUAAUCUCAAGUUACAAAGCGCUGAUAGCAAAGAGUACCAAUACGGCCACAUAGCCAUGACCUAUACCGCACUUUCUAGUCUUGUUAUCUUGGGAGAUGAUCUGUCUCGUGUCAACCGACAUGCAGUUAUUCAAGGAGUAAGAGCAUUGCAACAGCCAGAUGGAAGUUUCUGUGCUCACCUCAACGGAAGUGAAAACGACAUGAGGUUCAUUUUCUGUGCGGCCGUAAUUUGUUAUAUCCUUAAAGACUGGUCUGGAAUGGACACGACUCUUGUUGAAGAUUUCAUAAAAAGUAGUAUUAGUUACGAAGGUGCCAUUGCUCAGGGUCCAGGUCUGGAAGCUCACGGUGGUUCCACCUACUGCGCUAUUGCGGCUCUGGUGCUGAUGGACCGACUUUGCAUUUUUAGUGAAGAAGAGAUAGAGAAGUUGAGACGUUGGCUCCUUAUGAGGCAGAUGGCUGGUUUUCAAGGAAGACCCAACAAACCUGAUGACACAUGCUACUCCUUUUGGGUUGGUGCAACUCUGAAGCUCUUAGAUCGUUACCAGUAUAUUGAUGGGAAGUCUAACCGCAACUAUAUUUUAUCAACCCAGCACAUCCUUACUGGAGGCUUUUCUAAAUGGUGUGACACUUCACCAGACCCCCUGCACACAUAUUUUGGUAUUUGUGGCCUUUCCUUGAUGAACGAGCCUGGGUUAAAAGAGAUGAACUGCGCAUUGAACAUGAGUGUGGACGCGGUAAAUCGGCUUACAGAAAUUCAGAAGUGUUAUUCUUGACGAGAUUGUGCAAUAAUUAAUGAAAGAUUUGUCGGUAAAUAUGUUUUUUACUUUCUCGAUAUCUCAAUAUUUGAGGAAUUUUAAUUCAUUAUUUCUUGUUUAAUUUUUUUUACACCAAACAUUAUGAAGUGUUAAAAAUAAAACUACAAAAAAUCCAAAAAUAAUACAUACAUAAAUAAUUUUGCUUCGAUUUAGACCUCUUCAUUUAUUGUUAGCUAGUUUCGUUGAAAAUAAAUGCUCUGCCGGACUCAAAAUUAUGGGUUGCUGAAAGGAACAUUUUGUAUGUAGAACUA